AUGACCAAACCCUCUUUAAAAUCCGGGCGCUCGCACGCGUCCUCCGCGGCGCGUUCAGGCACCGAGCCCGCGACGCCGCUCCCGACCACGCGCCACUUCGGGCCCGCGCCUGCGGGGCGGAUCACGCGCCGGCUACGCAAAGUGAAGAAGAAGGUCGCGCUCACGAAGGGUAACCUCGUCGUUGAGCUCGACGUUCCUCCCAAGCUUCUCCUCCCGCUCGGGCGGGGCAACGAGCCCGAAAUGCGGAGGACGCGGUACACGGCCGUGACGUGCGACCCAGAUGACUUUGAGCGGCGCGGGUUCUUCCUCCGCCAGAACGAGUACGGGCGCCAGACGGAGUUAUUUAUCGCGAUCACGAUGUUCAACGAAGACGAGGUGUUGUUCACGCGUACGCUCUACGGCGUCAUGCAGAACAUUUCCCACCUGUGUACGCGGAAAAACUCCCGGACAUGGGGUCCCGAGUCAUGGAAGAAGGUCGUCGUCUGCAUCAUCGCCGAUGGACGCCACAAAAUCCACCCCCGCGUGCUCGACUGCCUCACGCUUCUCGGCGUGUACCAAUCCGGAGAUCACAUGAAGUCCGCCAUCAAUCGACAGGACACGCAGGCGCACGUCUUCGAGUACACGGCCUCGUUCGGCCUCGACUCGAACCUGCACUUCCGCUACCCGGACAAGGGUGUGGUUCCGACCCAGAUCCUAUUCUGCAUGAAGGAGAAGAACGCGAAAAAAAUCAACAGCCAUCGAUGGUUCUUCAACGCGUUCGCUAACAUGUUGCAGCCUAACGUAUGCGUCCUGCUAGACGUCGGCACACGCCCAAGCCCAAAGAGCAUCUACCAUCUUUGGAAAGCGUUCGACCUUAACUCGAACGUAGCCGGCGCGUGCGGCGAGAUCGCAGCGUACAAGGGCAAGAACUGGAUCGAGCUCCUCAACCCGCUUGUUGCCGCCCAGGAUUUCGAAUACAAGAUUGCAAACAUCCUCGACAAGCCGACAGAGUCUAUAUUUGGCUACAUCAGUGUGCUGCCCGGAGCGUUUUCGGCAUAUCGGUAUCAUGCCCUGUUGAACGACAAAACAGGCGUCGGACCAUUGGCGUCCUACUUCAAGGGCGAGGUCCUUCAUGGACGGGACACGGAUAUAUUUACGUCGAACAUGUACCUCGCUGAAGAUCGUAUCCUGUGCUUUGAGCUGAUCGCCAAAGCGAACUCCAACUGGGUGCUCAAGUACGUCAAAUCGGCAAAGGCGCACACGGAUGUCCCGGAUGCACUGCCGGAGUUCAUUGGCCAGCGCCGACGGUGGCUCAACGGGUCGUUCUUCGCGGCGACGUACGCGGUUGCGCACGUCGGCCAGAUCCUGCGGUCCGGGCACUCUUUCGGACGUAAGACGGCGCUGAUGUUCGAGAUGGUCUACAACGUCGUCAAUCUGCUGUUCUCUUGGUUCUCCAUCGGAAAUUUCUAUCUGUUCUUCGUGAUUUUGACGUCGUCUCUUGAAGAGCCGUCCUUCGGGCUGAAAGGUAUCGCUGGGUGGAAUUGGGUCUCACAGUAUCUCAUGGCGUCUUUGGUUGUGGGCAGCUUCUUGUUUUCCGUGGGCACCAAACCUACGGUAUCACGAUGGAAAUAUAAGGCCUCAUCUAUCAUCAUGGCACUCUUGAUGAUCUAUGUGUUCUUCGGUGCUAUCAAGUGCUGUCUAGUGGCGGCUCAGCAGGGCGGACAUGCCUACCAGAUCAUGUUGUUCUCCUUGAUCAUGACAUACGGAGUGUACACUGUGUCAAGCGUGCUGGCUCUCGAACCUUGGCACAUGCUCACGAGCUUCGUUCCCUACAUGUUUCUGCUCCCGACUUAUGUCAAUAUCCUGAACGUCUAUGCGUUCUCAAAUCUUGAUGAUAUAUCAUGGGGUACCAAAGAAGACACGGUUGUGGAGAACGACCUCCGCGCCGUGGUGCAAGAUUUUCGCGCUCAAGUUGAGGUAGAAGUCCUCGACGACAUGGAAGACAUCAACGACGUGUACAACGAAUCGCUCGAGAACCUCAAGACGCGAAAACCAGUAUACAAGCCUAAACCCAAGACGACUGACGCCGACCGAGAACAAGCUGCAAAAGACUACUACGCGAGCGUGCGAACAAAUGUCCUACUGGCUUGGGUGCUAUCGAACGGCCUUUUGCUCGUGGGUAUCUUGGGAGGCAGCAGUACGAGCUCUGCGUUCGGCCAUGGGCUCAGUCGACCCAAAGUCUACAUGGUCUUCAUCCUCGUCUUCGUCGCGGCCGCCAACAUCAUUCGAUUUGCAUGCUCGACAAUGUAUCUCAUCAUAUACUUAUUCACCGGAUAA